UUUUAGCGACCCGUAGCCGCCUCGCUUCGAAAGGGGACGCCGGGUUUUGCGACAGUGUGGUAAAAUUUGGGUCUGAGGCGGAGAGGAAGAAGGGAAACAAGGCUGAAGGGAGCCGAGGAUGUUCGGGGCCGCCGAGGAGGAUGACACGGACUUUCUGUCUCCGACGGGAGGGACUCGCCUGGCUUCUCUCUUUGGACUGGAUCAGACAGUCACCGGUAGCGGAAAUGAAUUUUUCCAGUAUACAGCACCCAAACAACCUAAGAGAGGUCAACCAGCUGCUGCUGCAGGUCCACCAUCCCAGAAGCCUCCUGCUCCAGCGUCCAGUUCAGCACCACCGUCCGUCUUCAUCGCGACAGCUGUUCAUGCCUAUCGGUUUACAAAUGGACAAUACGUGAAGCAAGGCAAAUACGGAGUGGCUGUGGUGGGGAGCCAUGCCACCAAAGAGUACAGACUCCUCCUCUAUAUAAACCAGCAGCAACAAAUUGCAGCCGCCAGGAUCCAUUCGGCAUUUGCAUUCACGGUCCAGCCCAACAACUACAGCACAUUUUAUGACGAUCAGAGACAGAACUGGUCUAUCAUGUUUGAGUCCGAAAAGGCGGCUGUUGAUUUCAGCAAACAGCUCGGCAUUGCCAAAUACAACAGCAGCCAUUCCCCCGACGUGGUGGUGUGUCAGGAUCUUAUUCCUGGAGAGGGACAAGCCGUGGAAGUUGGAGACUCACUGGAGGUGGCCUUCACUGGUUGGCUCUUCCAGAAUGGUGCCCUUGGGCAGGUGUUUGAUUCAAAUGUCAACAAGGACAAGUUUCUGCGCUUGAAAUUGGGGUCAGGAAAGGUCAUUAAGGGCUGGGAAGAAGGGAUGAUUGGCUUGAAGAAAGGAGGACGGCGCUUCCUGGUUGUCCCUCCGGCAUUGGCUUACGGCGCUCAGGGAGUUGCCAAUCGCAUCCCUCCAGACUCAACCCUGGCUUUUGAGGUGGAGGUCAAGCGGGUAAGGCUUGGGAAAGAUACGAGUUCUGACGGACAGAGCCUGGGACCCAGGGAUUCCCUCGCUUCUUCCCCGGCACCGAGCCCAGAAAACCCAGCGACUGAUGCAACCGGGGGGCCUCCCUCCACACUUCCUCCAAAGCCAGGGGAUCCCCCUCUGAGAGCCAAAUCCAACUCAAUCAAUGAACAAUUAGCAGUAAGUCGUCAGAUCCUGAAAAAUGGAGACAUCUUGAAUCCUGAUGUGGCAAAAGCAAAGCUGAUUUCGCGUAUGGCAAAGAUGGGGCAACCCAUGCUGCCUUUUCUCCCAGGCACGCCUCCCGCUGCGCUUGACUCAAGCGACUCAGAAGUAGAGGACCCAAACACUUUCCGUGGAACAGCCCAGCCUGCAGCCUCCUCCCCACUGAAGCCGUCCCCUCCAGCAGCCCUUCCUCAGGUGACAGCACAAGUGCCACAGCCAUCUGUCUCUGGAAUCCAGGCGCCUUCAGCUGCUGUGAUGCCUCCGGCCCUUCAGCCUCAUCCAACACUUUCGGGGACCGUUCAGAGCUUUCAGCCCUAUGCAGGGAUGACAUAUGCCUACCCACAAAGCUCUGCUGCGGCUUCUCAGCUCCAGCCGGUUGGGGCAAUGUAUCCCGCACCUUUCCAAGCGGCAGGAGACAUCGGCUCAUUCCUGAUGACGGAGUCCCGGCAGCAGAGCACCGAAAUCCGCCUCGCCGUGGGGAAGGUGGCCGACAAAAUGGACCAGCUGGCAGCCAAGGUGGAGGAGCUUCAGAAGCACCACACGGGCCACAACCUGUUGCCGGGCAUUUCGUCGGUGACCAUGGAAACCGCCAUGAUCAUGAGCAACAUCCAGCGCAUCAUCCAGGAGAACGAAAGGCUCAAGCAGGAGGUCUUUGAGAAGAGCAGCCGCAUCGAGGAGCAGAAUGAGAAGAUUGGCACAUUAAUUGCCCGCAAUCAGAGGUACGUGGAGCAAAGCAACCUGUUGAUGGAGCAGCGCAACAACUCCCUGCAAUUGAGCACCGAAGAAAAGCAGGCACGGGUUUUGCAUGCCGAGCAGGAGAAGCCCACGCUGCCACCGGAGCCACGGUGGGACCAGGUCAAAGUUGCCGAGGAAUUGGCUGCUGCUACGGCACAGAUUUCCCGUCUUCAGCUGGAACUGACCGACCACCAGAAGAAGGAGAUGGACCUGCGCUCCCAGCUAAAUGCAGCCUUGAAAGAGUCGGAGAAGCACGGGUCGCAGAUCAACCAGCUGCAGGCACAGCUGGCUGAGCUCCAGGAAUCAUCUGAAGACACAAAGAGCAAGUUCCAAGUGGAGAAACAGAGCCGCAAGCAGCUGAAUGGAAAAGUAUCGGCUCUGGAGGAAGAGCUAACCGACCUCCGUGCAGAGAAGGAAAACCUGGAGAAGAAUCUCUCAGAGAGGAAAAAGAAAUCCUUGGCGGAAAGGCAGCAGGCCGAAGAAGAGAUGGACGAGAUCCGCAGAUCGUACCAGGAGGAGCUGGACAAACUCCGGCAGCUUCUGAAAAAGGCCCGGACGUCAACCGACCAGGCGGCUUCAGAGCAGAUGGCCUCGAUGCAGGCGGAGCUGGAGUCGCAGUGGGAAGCCAAAUGCGAGCGCCUGCUCAGCGCUGCCAAAGAGCAACAUGUGCGGCAGUAUCGGGAAGUGUGCGAUCAGCGCGACACUCAGCAACAGAUGGUCUCCCAGUUGGAAGAGAAGAUCUCCCAACUCAAAGCAACCCGGAGCUUGGAGGAUGAGAAACUGUCAACCUUGCAGGAGCAGGUGGAACAACUAGAGUCUGUCAAAAUCAAGUACUUGGCCCUGCAGUCCCAAGUAGCACCUUUGAAAGCCCGCUAUGAGGAGCGGAUCCAGGCGCUUGAGAAGGGGGCUGGCCGCCAAUCGCCUGCCAGCUCUGCUGAAGAAGUGAAGAAGAUCAUGAACGGGGUGUUCCAAUCCCUGCGGAGCGAAUUCGAGUUGGAGGAGUCCUAUACCGGCAGAGAGGUCCUUGGCAUCGUCAUGAACACCAUCAAGACAAUAACUUUGCAGCUCUUAGAAAGACAAGAGGAGAAGGAAGAAUCUAGUGGCGAAGAGGAAGGGCCAGAUCAUGGGAAACCCCAGAGUGAAGCUGCUCAUGACACAACGACAGAGGCAUCUUCCAUGCCUUCAGGUGAUAGUCCUCUUCCAGACGACAUCCAGGCCAGAGUGACAUCUUCAGCCUUGGAAACCCAGGAUGAGCAGCCUCCGUUGCCUUUGGAUCCAACCACAAGCCUGAAGGUUGCUGAGAUAAAGGAAGAGGAGAAAGCAAGGAACUCAGAACAUGAGAUAGCAGACACUGAGGAUGGAACUGACACAGUAGACACUGCCAUUGCUUUUCCAGAGCUUGCAAAGGCAGAAGUUGAGGAGAAACCACCUACGAUAGUCCUGGACGGAGGAGAAGGCAGUUGUCCAGAUAUUCCAAGCCAGAAGCCCCAUCCUUCUUCUCCUCCGCCAUCCAGCAAACCAGACUCAGCCGGAGAGGAGGAAACAUCCGUAUCCAGUCCAACCCAAGUGGAUUCCAGCCUCCCCGUCCUCGAGGAUAAGGACAGUUUGUUUGAAGCUGCAGCUCCUAAGUCAUCCGCACCGGGAGGACCACCAGAAGAGGAGGAAGAGGAGGAAUUGAGCUUCAAGGGCAAGCCUCCCCCCGCCCCACUCUUUGGCGACGAUGACGACGACGACAACUUGGACUGGUUGGGUUGAUGGGGUUCGUCACAUGAAGACACUUUGGAGAGACAAAGCAGUCACGGAUCGGGAACCAAAAUGGUUGGGACUCUUCUUCCUGUGGAUUUAUCUGGGAUCGGAGAUGUGUCACUUGCACUCUUUGGGGCGAGGGUUUCGUGUGGAAGCAUCUCUUCCAUCUCUCUGCCAUGCCCACCCCCCUAAAUACUAACCCAGGACUACUUAUGCAAACACAAAUGAUGGGGGAGGGAUUGCGAGGAAAUGAAAGCUCUUAGGUGCUAGAUUUCUCUUGUUGGUCUCUCGCAUUCACACCAUACCCAUUGAACACUUUUUUCCCAUCCUCCGAACCCUCUGUCUCAAUGAUUUCACAAUGGGAUUUGAGAAUAGUUUCUCCUUGCACAGUGAGAGCACAUAUGAGGAGCUGGCACCCUUGGAAGGUUUUUUCUCUCGGCUUUUUCAUAGGAGUUGAAUCAAUGCUAUUGGCAGAUAUUCCUGGGGUAUCCAAAGGCCAAGAAAGGAGCAUCCCUCUGUCUGGUUGCCUUGGAUUAUCUCCCAUGGAAAGCGGAUCUUAGCAGUGCUCACCUCCCGUUGAAUGGGAUCUGAGGCCUGAUUUCAUGUCUUGAACAGUAAAAGUGCAAUUAAAGUCAUAUUUAAAUA